GUUGGAUCCAGGCUCAGUCUUUCUAUUGUAAACGGUCAUGGUGAAGACAACGCCUAACGAUUCAUUCCCAACCCCAACUUCGCAUACACAAGCAGAAACCGAAGAAGUACUCCUCAAACAUCUACCUUUGACGGAGGACGUCAAGCCAUCUCUACAACGCGAUAAUCACCUCAGGUUUCUCGCUCGUCAUCUAACACAAGGGUUUCCGGCACGAUACAUCUCGCAAGAUGCAAGUCAGCCAUGGCUAGUGUAUUGGACCUUGCAAUCAUUCAGCAUAAUGCAAGUGGGUAUGGACCCAGGCAAUAAACGACGCGCUGUUGAUCGAGUAUUGGCUUGCCAACAUCCUGACGGAGGAUUUGGUGGAGGACCUGGGCACGAACCACAUCUUCUGCCAACUUAUGCUGCUGUGUGCUCUCUGGCGAUUGCUGGAAACCCCGGAGAGAAUGGCGGAUGGGAUCAGAUCGAUAGAAAAAAGAUGUACGAGUUCUUCAUGUCGUUGAAGCAGCCAGACGGAUCCUUCACGGUAUCGAAGCUAGGCGAAGUCGAUGUCCGAGGCAUCUACUGUUUGCUUGCAGUCGCUACCCUUCUCAAUCUCCUCACUCCAGAACUUAUCGCUGGCACUGCCAGCUUCAUUGCGUCUUGUCAGACGUACGAGGGCGGCUUUGCCUGUGCCUCGUUUCCUUUCUUCUCAUCCAUACCCGAAUCGCCGGAAUCGCUUUUGUUGUCCCCGCGACCGAACUUGGGUGAGGCCCAUGGAGGAUACACUUUUUGUGCCGUUGCGUCAUGGGUGCUAUUACAACCUUUCAACCGCUUGCAGUCUAGAUUUUCCAAGAUAAACACCCGAACUUUAUUGAGGUGGCUUGUGCAAAUGCAAGGUGCUGAUGUUGAACUGGGAGGCUUUCGCGGUCGUACAAACAAACUCGUGGAUGGGUGUUAUGCAUGGUGGGUCGGAGGCUGUUUUGCUCUUCUCGAAGGUUUGGACGGAGUUGGAGAAGUGCCAGGGUUACACGAUGUGCACGAUGAGAAACCGGGAGAGGGAGACGAAUGGUUAGAUGACGUCGGCUCGGAUCCUUGGAAUACGAAAGCUCUUCAAGAAUACAUCCUCUAUGCCGGCCAACACCCAGCCGGUGGCCUCCGCGACAAACCUCCCAAGUAGGUGCUUGUUCAUUGGCCUGAUCGAAUCGACCUCGAUCCGACUUGUUGCCUAUUCAGGAACGCCGACUCCUACCAUACACUUUAUUGUCUUGCCGGUCUUUCGGCUGCUCAACAUAAAAUCACCCCUCAAAUUGGACACAAGAACGCACUUGAAGCGCUUUGGCAGUCAAACUCGAAAACGUCAUUGACACUCGAAUUCGCCCGGGAAGCGGAGGGAAAGAAUGUGUUGGAUGACGACCUGAGGAAAGAGGUUUACUCGACCGCACUUUCGUGGGGCGAGGACUCGAGUACAAAGAGGGAAGUUGUCGGUGGGAAGGAGAAUCGGCUCAACGCCACACAUCCUCUUUUCAACCUUACUGCUACUCACGCUGAUGCGAUAAUGGCAUAUUUUUAUGGACAGCCGACACCUCCCCCCAGAGUUCGUGCCGAAAAGAAGGACCUUCGAUGACCCGGUGUGACUUUUACUGAUUGGCUAGGGUCGGUAUACCCUCCUCAAUUUAACCCGCAACUAUCGUUUGCUGGUGAUGCAAUUGGACAUGAACAGCGUAUAGUUUGAAUCCUUCUUGUACUACUCCUAUCUGGGUAUCAUACAAAUCUACAGAUACAAUUGAAAUCUAAACGGGCUUGUACAUUCACAGCGCCU